AUGACUGUAGCACAACCAAUUGCGCAUCUGACUGCAGAGGAAUACCCAAAAGUUAAGAGAACUGCAAACUUUAAGAUUCUAGAUUCCACCGAUGUGUCGUAUUUUCGCUCGAUCCUUUCAAAUGAUGAAAUAUUACAAUCGCAGAGCCCCGAGGACCUUGUUUCUUUCAACCAGGAUUGGAUGAAGAAGUACAGAGGCCAAUCCAAUUUAAUCCUCUUACCUAAGUCCACCGAGAAAGUCUCAAAAAUUAUGAAGUAUUGCAAUGACAACAAGCUGGCAGUGGUACCACAAGGUGGUAACACUGACUUAGUUGGUGCCUCAGUUCCAGUUUUUGAUGAGAUUGUUCUUUCUCUGAGAAACUUGAACAAAAUCAGAGACUUCGAUCCUGUCAGCGGAACUUUCAAAUGUGACGCAGGCGUCGUUAUGCGCGACGCACAUCAAUAUUUGCAUGAGCAUGACCAUAUCUUUCCGCUAGAUUUGCCCUCAAGAAAUAACUGUCACGUAGGGGGCGUCGUAUCAACGAAUGCAGGUGGUUUGAACCUGUUGAGAUAUGGCUCUCUGCAUGGAAAUGUCUUGGGUUUAGAGGUAGUUCUACCUAAUGGCGAAAUUAUCAGCAACAUGAAUGCCUUACGGAAAGACAACACUGGCUACGACUUGAAGCAGCUAUUCAUCGGUGCAGAAGGUACCAUUGGUGUCAUCACUGGUGUAUCUAUACUUGCAGCAGCAAAACCAAAAGCAGUGAAUGCCGUCUUUUUUGGUCUUGAUUGUUUUGACACCGUGCAAAAACUAUUUGUCAAGGCAAAGAGUGAGCUAUCCGAAAUUUUAUCUGCUUUUGAAUUCAUGGAUCGCGGCUCCAUUGAAUGCACCAUAGAAUACUUGAAAGACUUGCCCUUCCCAUUGAAAAAUCAACAUAACUUUUAUGUCCUCAUUGAAACAUCAGGAUCCAACAAAAAUCAUGAUGACGAAAAGCUGAGCGCUUUCGUUUCAGAAACUCUAAACUCGAAACUGAUCUCUGAGGGUGUAAUGGCCAAGGACAAAGCUGAUUAUGAUAGAAUUUGGACUUGGAGAAAGUCUGUUCCUACAGCUUGUAACUCCUAUGGAGGAAUGUACAAGUACGAUAUGUCCCUUCAGCUGAAGGAUUUAUAUUCUGUAUCAGAAGCCGUGACAGAGAGGUUGAAUGCAGCUGGACUGAUUGGUGAUGCACCAAAACCAAUUGUUAAAUCUUGUGGAUACGGUCAUGUUGGUGAUGGAAAUAUUCAUUUGAAUAUUGCUGUGAGAGAGUUCACAAAGCAAAUUGAAAACCUAUUAGAACCAUUUGUUUAUGAAUACAUUCAGUCUAAAAAAGGUUCUAUCAGUGCUGAGCAUGGUGUUGGUUUCCAUAAAAAGGGCAAACUGCAUUAUUCUAGGAGUGAUAUAGAGAUAAGAUUUAUGAAAGAUAUCAAGAAUCACUAUGACCCUAAUGGAAUUUUGAAUCCUUACAAAUACAUUUGA